GUGCUGCAGCUGAGCUGUAGUAUUUACUUGGCCCCACGAAACGGUCGCACUGAUAAUUUAUAAACAAACAAAAAUGUCCAAACAAUAUGGCCUCAUUGUCCCGGGGCAGCAGAAGAAGGCGCCCGCGAAGCCCGCCGCAAAGCCCGCCAUUUUCGACGAGAGCAGCGCCUCCGAGAGCGACGACGACCGGAAGGCGCCGCAAUUGAAGCCAAAGACCAGUGGAAUCGCCAGCGGACCCAGCCUCAUGGAGCGCCGCGUGGCCCGGCGGCAGCAGGAGAAGGCCCUGGCCGAGGAUCCCACCAUCUUCCAGUACGACGAGCUGUACGACGACAUGGACAGCCGGCGCGAGGAGGCCAAGCAGUCGAAGAGCCAGGAGCCCCGCAAACCCAAGUACAUCGCCCGCCUGAUGGAGCACGCCGAGCGGCGGAAGCUGGAGAAGGAGCUGCGCAUCGAGCGGCAGGUGCAGAAGGAUCGCGAGGCCGAGGGCGAGAUGUACAAGGACAAGGACACCUACGUGACGGCCGCCUACCGCAAGAAGCUCGAGUCCAUACGCCAGAUGCAGGAGCAGGAGCAGCGCGACGAGUAUCUGGAGGCCAUUGGCGAUGUCACCAAGCAGAGGGAUCUGGGCGGCUUCUAUCGCCAUCUCUACGAGCAGAAGAUGGGCGGCCCCGUCGAUCAGGUGACGCCCAAAACGGCGCCCUCAACCGAGGAGGUCUCCUACAAGCCCAUCAAGGCGGAGGCCGCCAAGCACCGGAGCUACCGGCAGCGACGCUCCUCCGAGGAGGAGGCGGAGGAGCAAAGGAAGGCUGGCCGGGAGCCAGAGCCCCAGGCUUCAGAGGAUCCGGCGGAAAGCAAGCCAACCCAGGCCCAGGCCCAUUUAGCCAACAACAUAGACGCCGAUUCCGACUUUAGCAUAGACGAUUCCAGCGACGAGGAGGAGGAGAAGGUUAAGGAGAAGGAGAAGGAUAAGCAAACCCAGGCCAAAAAGAAGGAAAAACCCCAGGAAACACCAGAACCUAGCAAAGAACCUGCUGCAGCGGAGGAAUCACCCUCCAAAGAAGAUAAACCCGAUGCCGAGCUGGACGAGAAGGAGCUGCCCGUGCCGACGGUUACCAAGCCUCCAGUGGAUCGCACUCUCGUCUGGCGCAAACGGACCGUGGGCGAGGUCUUCGAGGCCGCUCUAGCUCGCUAUCAGGAACGCAAACGGGCUCGCCAGGGCUAAAAAUGCAUCCAAUUAAAGUUCGAGUAGAUGGAAAAACAAACCAGUGAUUUCUGUAUUGUCUCCUUAUUAUGCUAAUUUCAAUUUGUCCCAUGCUCAUAAAUUAUUUAUGUGUAUGCCAGCGCUCUUAGCCAACCCUUUUCGGUGCAAAUAUUUUGCAUAAGUUGCAACAGCCAGCAUUUCCACUUUUCAUCUAAAACAGAAAGCA